UAUUUUGAUUAAAUACAUAAUUUAAGGUUUGCUUUAAAUAUCGAAAGGCUGAAGGAGAAGACAGCGGGAACAAUAGCAACAGCGUGAAGCUUCCGCUUUCUACUUUCUCUCUCUUUAAGCUAGAUCUUGUACUUCAUUUCAUCAACUUCACAGAUCAUUUCUCAAUUUCAGAUUGCAAUAAUGACUCCACCAAUUGAGACUCCAAACAAACCUGCUGACUCUCACCAUUAUCAUCAUCAUUCUCAUGCUCCUCUCAAUGAAAGAAUACUUUCAUCCAUGAAGAGAAGGUCAGCUGCUUCCCAUCCUUGGCAUGAUCUCGAGAUAGGCCCUGGAGCACCAACGAUAUUCAACUGCGUGAUUGAAAUUAGCAAGGGGAGCAAGGUAAAGUACGAGCUCGACAAAAAAACAGGACUUAUCAAGGUUGAUCGUGUCCUAUAUUCUUCAGUCGUCUACCCUCACAACUAUGGCUUUGUCCCCCGCACUCUCUGCGAGGACAAUGACCCACUUGAUGUCUUGGUUAUCAUGCAGGAACCAAUCCUGCCAGGAUGCUUUCUUCGUGCCAAGGCGAUCGGUGUUAUGCCCAUGAUUGAUCAGGGAGAGAAGGAUGACAAGAUAAUUGCAGUCUGUGCUGAUGAUCCUGAGUAUAGACACUACAAUGACAUCAAGGAGCUCCCACCACAUCGUUUGGCAGAGAUCCGCCGCUUCUUUGAAGACUACAAGAAGAAUGAGAACAAGGAAGUUGCUGUCAAUGAUUUCUUGCCAGCUGCUGAGGCUAUUGAGGUGGUCAAACAUUCUAUGGAUCUGUAUGCGGACUACAUUGUGGAGAGCUUGAGGAGAUAGAAGAAGAUGUUGGCUACUUUGGUGGACUAUAGCUGAGAAAGAUUAUGUCAUAUAACUCUUGCAAAAUCUAUAUUUUUGUCAAAAUUGCACACAUUCUUGUGUGCGUAUAAUACUGUGGUGUAACUUUCUCAUCAUUAGAUGAUGACGACAACUUAAAAAAACUCAGGGAAAUAGUAGUGAAGAAAACUGGUCCAAAUGUUACAUAUAUUCUAUUUUUCAAUAUUUGUUUUCUUUCA